GGGAAUGGCUAAUUUGAUGGUAACCGCUUCAAGUAAGAAUAAUUCACGCAGUACAUCACCCAAUAGAGGAAAUUCAUUGACUACCACUCAACAAAUACCAGCUAGUUUGGAACGUACACCAAAAACACGUAAUGCUUCACUUAUUUUACAUGAAACUGAAAAGUUCAGAAGCUUGUGCUUUGGUACCAUGUACCUAAUGAUACAAUAUACACUAAUUUCAGUCUUACAAAUAUGAAAAUUAAGUUGCUAAACAAAAAAAAGUUAAGCUAAAGCUAUAAAGUAAAUAAAAGGAGAAGAGUACAAAAUUAAAUUUGACUUCGCAGUUCCCAAACAGGGGAGGGUAGUACAGCCAGUGGAAGUAGUGGUGGUGGAGGUAUUGUCAGCAUGAAAGGUAGUAGACAAAAAUCACCAGGAACUGUGAUUCGAGUAGGUGAUGCCAUGGAUGAACCAAAUACCAAUUUAAUCACUGCCGAACCAGACGAGUUUGUGCCAAAUAUUCACCCACCAACUGAUGAUGAAGGAGAACAAUAUCAUGCAACACAAUCGUUCCUAUCAAAUGGCUCCUCUGAAUUAAUAACCGACGAUGUCGACACAAGUUCUGCUCGUGUUUGUCAAGCUAUUGAACACAUUCAAAGUAAAAUUGCUAAAACACGAGAACUUAUAAAAAUAGAACAAACAACACGAGAUGAAAACGUUAACGAAUAUUUAAAGUUAGCUGCUAAUGCAGAUAAGCAGCAGCUUACUAGAAUCAAGGCAGUAUUUGAGAAGAAAAAUCAAAAAUCAGCGCACAGUAUUUCUCAACUUCAAAAAAAAUUGGAAAGUUAUACAAAAAAGUUAAAACAUUACGAAUUAAAUGGUGCGCCUACGAGUCACAGACAACCUCGAGAAGUGCUUCGUGAUAUGGGACAAGGGCUUAAAAACGUGGGUGGCAAUAUAAGGGAUGGAAUCACUGGUUUUUCAGGAAGUGUAAUGUCCAAACCAAGGGAAUUUGCACACUUAAUAAAGAACAAAUUUGGUAGUGCUGAUAAUAUAAAUACUUUAUCACAUGGCUCGACUUUUUAUGUAAACGAUACACCGCGUGCAGGUAAUGGAGAUAACGCUAGUGUUGAAGAUGAAAAGACACAUCACGGAUCAGCCACACUUCCCGGUGGAUGUAGUUUAGGGUCUACCCAUAGUGCAGCAGGAAUGAAAUUUCCGUCUGAAGAAGGCUCGGAGUGUUCUAGUGUUACAAGUGAAAGUGGACCUGGUAGUAGACGACAAGGACAUACGUGUGACAGUAACAAUGCGCUUAGCCUGAAGUCUAUUUACUCGGAAUUAAAAGAACACAGGGAAAAUCAAGAUCGGAUGAGAGAAAAAUUAGAAAGCUUAAAGACUUUGCAACAAGAGGUGACAUUUCUUUCCCAUGCUUUGCAAGAGGAACGCUUUAGAAGCGAACGUUUGGAAGAACAAAUUAACGAUCUAACCGAACUGCACCAAAACGAAGUAGAAAAUUUGAAACAAGCCAUAACGGAUAUGGAAGAAAAAGUACGAUACCAAAGCGAAGAUCGCUUAAGAGACAUACAUGAAAUGUUGGAGAGUUACCAAACGAAAAUUUCUACAAUGGAACACCAGCAACAACAACACCAACAAUAUGUCACUUUGGAAGGUUUAGAUAAUAGCAAUGCGAGAGCAUUGGUUGUAAAACUCAUAAAUGUAUUAUUAACAGUGUUGCAAGUUAUUCUACUUCUUGUUGCGACGGGUGCUGGUAUAAUGAUGCCUUUCCUUAGGACCAGCUGUACUAAGCCUCAUUGUUUCAUGUGCAGGGUGCGCAUACUAACGACUAUGUUUGUUGUAAUGGGCAUAGUGUUCGUGCUCAAACAAUGGCCUGAGGUACACGACGUUGGCAGUCGCCUCAUGCGCCAUCUUAAACAGACGCUUAAGUAGCAUCGGUGGUAUACUUAAAUUUACUACACCCUGUGAUGAAGAAAAGUUGUACACAAUGAUCAACAUUUUGGAUCCGUUUAUCAGUGCUGUAGUUUUAGAGCAAUAAUAGUAGGUAUAUGCGCAAAUGACUUUAUUUAAUUCGAUUACAUUCACCAUCAAUUUAUUCAGUAAAAUCAGGUCUAUUUGAUACUGUUAACAGAACAACAAUAUUCGAAACAUACUUUGUCAUGCAAAAAUGUUUCAUUUAUGAGAACAGGUUUUCUAGAGAUGAUAAAUUUGAAAGUAUUUCUUACCCUGUAUGCAAUUGUUGUCAAUUUUAUUUCAAUAUUUUUAUUAUUAUCUGAGUCCUUUUGUCUACAAACAAAAAUAUCCGCAUUUGAUAUGAUUAAUUGGAUGCGAGUAAUAUAAAAGUAAUUAUAAAUUGUAAAAAAAUAAAAUGGCUGCUAUAAAACGUGAACAAAGCAGUAAUUAUACCGCUGUACGCUGAUAUUGCUUGAUUACAUACGGCACGUUGUUAGAAGAAUUUACUCUGAUAAAAUGAUGUCGUGUGGCGAUUGCGUUAACUUUUACAUGAGUCAUUGAUUAACGUGGAAUUAGAAGAAAUUAUUGAAAAGAAGAAAAUACUGAUUCAAAGGUAGGAGAGAAAAUGUUCUAUCACCAGUGUCUGUGGGUGGUCUAGCCACCAUUUUCAAAAUUAAAGUUAACGUGUUUGAUAUUUCAGUGAAAUCGUGUAAUUUACAAAAUAUACAAUUCUAAAUCACGUGUUUAUAAUUAAAAUCGUCCAAUUGUUAAACAGUAAUGUAAAUUAAGGAACCAGAAGAGCACUUAUAUCGCUGUAGGUACUCCUCCUUUCCGAGUGUAUGAAGUAGCGUAACCUAUUCUUUAGCAUUGAUAAUAAGACCGAGUAACUUCAUAAAUCGUAGAAACUACAAACUUCUCAUUAUCUUUAUGUAUAAUUCACAAAUUAAUUCUCCACCAUGAGGACUUAAAAAGUGGUACUGUUUGAAUAUAAACGAAUGUGUAUACAAAAUCUAAUAUCAAAAGAGGACCAAGACACUCCCUUCCUCUAACUCUCCUGUAAUACAAUAAAAAAAAAUUCUUGUUUUGGAAUAAAUAAUAUUCAGACAUGCUUUUUAGUCUCAUGAGUGCUUCAAGCCACCACAGACACAAGUAUGCAUACAUAUUAUAAUGACUACAAAGAAAUGAACCAUGACAGAUAUAGAAAUGAGAGAAAGACUGAUGAUGGACUACAUCGCUGUUACAAUUGUGAAUAAUUUAAUAUUUGUGGCAAUUUUAUGUUGCUAAUCACUCAGAAAUGUUAAAACGAUAGAACAAUGAAAAAAAAAAAUGUAAAACAACAUCAGUUGCAAAAUUAUACAAUUAUAUAGAAGAAAUAAUGAUUCUUAAUUUAAUAUAGGUGCUCAAAUAUGUGAGUGUUAAAAUAUUUUGCACUACGCAAUUUUUGUAUUGUAUUGUUGCUAUUUAGUAGCGAAAUAUGAUUUACUUUAUCGAAUAAGUUCCCUAGCUUUUGAAUUAGCUUUAUUGCAAAUACAGUAUCAGUAAAUAUGUUUCACAAUUGAAUAUUAUUUCACGGAUAUGUGACGAGCGAAACAAGAAAAAAAUACUUUCCCGAUAACCAUUGGUUCCUUUUUUAUCGUUAAGUAUAUGAAAUCCUCUUUUUGUUUUACAAGUAAAUAAUUUAUAAUUUAUAUUAAGUUCGUGUAAUUAGAUUUUCUGUUAUUUGUAUAUGUUGGACUAUAGAAUGUUAUCACUUCACGGAUCCAUGAAAAGAACGAAUAAUCGUUUUUAAUUGAUUAACAAACACUGUAUAUAAAAUAAAAUGUAUACGUAGCAUAUUUCAUUUCUUGUGUCUUGUGUUCAUAAAUACAUUAUCAGAUUUCUAAUUCUUUUAUUUGACACUGUAAUGUUAUUUUAAAGCAGUGCUCUAUUUUUUUUUAUUCUCGCGUAUUAUCUAUUUUUAUUAUUAUUAUUAUUAAGAUUUAUUAAAAACACUGGCUUUUAUGCUAGUCUGUCUUUGUCUGUGUAUAAUGCACGUGCUGCCAAAACCUCUUGUCAUAAAAAUAUUUACGAACUGAUGUCGGAGAGUAUAUUGACUAUUACUUUAUCUCAUUUUAUCCCGAAUUGAAGACGGAAAUUUGAUGGUGUAUUUAUAAUUUUACUAAGCGAAUUCAUAUCUUCUCAGACCGCGUGUAUUUUUUUAUUUGAUCAAAUCGUCUUUCGUUAUUAUUAUUUUAUGGACAUUUGUUUAGUUACGUACAUUAGCAAUUACGAGAAUCCUUCCUUUCUAGCAAUCCUUUUGCGUUCCUAAGUAGUUGAAUUUUACGUCUAUGAAUUUAAACACGCUGCUGUGACUAUGCUAAGUUUAUAUGUAAACAUAGAAAGUUAAAAAUCAGUUUUGGGAUCAAUAUAAUCACGAACAUUUUUAAAUAGCUGUACUCUUUUUACCAAAUGUAACAUCGGCAAAGAAGAAAAUAUCUGCAACAGUGUUCGUACGACAUUUGAAUAAACACAGACUCGCUGAUGAUAUAUUGAUUCUAUUGAAAUAAUAUUAUGUUGUUUGAAUCAAAUCUCGACUAAAAUGUAUGUUUGCUUAUUAUUGUGUAAGUGACAACUAGACAAAAUAUAUAGGGUGUUCAGUGAUGAUCGUGUAUGUAUAUAUUUAAUGGUUUUAAUAUUGUAAACUGUGUUUAUUUCCAUUUUUCACCGAUUGUUACCCACUCUCAAUUGUCAAUAUUUAUCUGUACGAUGAACAAUAAAAUUCUAUUUACAUAUACAAGCUAAGGGUUAAAAACAAAGUACAAGAGUUGCACAUCCGAUUGCCUGCUUGUAGUUUGUAUCAAAUAAGUGACACACCCUAUAUGUAUUGUGUAAUUUUAGAUCGUGGUGCUUUGUAAGAUACAUAUGUAAUCCAAUAUUAGAGAAUUUGUUAACACCAUCGAUCACCGAGUUAGUGAGGGCCCCUAUACCUGCACGCUUACAGUAAUGUUUAUAUAAUAGCAAAGUUUGGGCGUAUCAGAAUAAAAGUGAUUUUAAAAGGAAAAUUAAAAGAAAGAAAGAAAGAAAAGUUACAAAUAUUUAUAUCGAGAGGUUAAACACAUGUCAAACAACGAUGGACGUAUUUUGUAUCUUACAUUAUUACAUUUUUCUAUAAGUUUUUCUUUUUAUCGCGGCCGUUUACAAUUUUAUAUGUAUUUUGUAUUUACCAAAUUUGAUGGGGUAACGCAUGGCGAAUGCUUAAAUAAUUUUCAACAAAUUAACGUAUAUCGUGAAAUUCAGUGUAGCCGUUAACUCACUAUCCUUGUAAUUUUUAGGGGCCCCCUAACUUAUAGUAUAGACGGAAAAGUAACGAAGUAAAUAUAUCGUCAUCGAUGCCUUGCAUAGGUAGUUAAUGUCAAAUUAUAGAUUAAAUAUUUGUUGUCAAUUGUAGGACGAUGUAGGGCAAUACAAACAGCGAUUAUAAUGGAAAUUGUUAUCACGCUAGACACAUACACAUUAUGAAACACACUGUGUGUGCAUAUGUAAUAGCUGCG